CCCCUUCUCGCCCUCUCCACCCUCCCUCGCACACCCUCUUUACCUUGGGGCUGCACACGCACGGAACUACGAGGAUAGCAUGAGCGCUGAAUCAUCCCAGCCGGAUUUCGACGCAGAUGGCACGGCUGCGACCGGCACCGUCUCCGAGGGUAAGCGAAAUCAUCGGGCUGCUUGUCUCAAGAAGCAAGCCAUUAGGGGGAUGAAGCACGCCGCGGCGUUCCUGUCUCUGGGGUUGUUCUUGGAGAUUGGAGCAACGUUUUGGACCUUGGCGCAGGCAAUAGCGUCUGGGGUCUUCGACGAAGCGGACUGCGGAGUACGAGCCCUUUCCUUAUACCACAACGAUCGAUUGCCUUCAAACUGCGAACAGCUGGAUAGUUCGGUGGUUUGGUUCGACGAGGACCGAACCGUGAGCACCUUCACCAGCUGCAGUGGCCUUGAGGACCCGCCCAUCGACCAGCUGUGCGAUUGCGCGAGGUACGACAGGGUUAGCACUGGUUGCACCUGGACAUCCGCAAGCUCCACCCGCGACGAAAUCGAAGGCUUGUGCGUCGCGGUGCCCGUGAUUGCGCUGACCUCGGACCUGCAGGAAGAGUACGGUACCACGUACGAUUGGCUCCUAGACAGCUCAGAGCUCGAGUAUCAAGACGACUGCAGGCCGCUGAGCCCGGAAGGUUUCGGGGACAUCACGAUCGCGUUGCUUGUGGUCUCGCUGAGCCUCGAGCUCGUGGAGGCGUACGUGGGCUACAAGCGCUGGAGAAAUCCUCUGUCCGUGAGAGGUCUGGUGGUCGUAGCAUCGGUGCUCGAGGGCGUUGGUCUUUUUUCGAUCUGGUGCCUGCUGCGGUUUCUGCCGGGUGGCAUUCUCGAGACGGAGGUUAGCGAGAACCAGUACAAAUUCCUGAACAUCAUGCUGUAUGGCGUUCUUGUCGUGACAUUCGGAGGCACGCUGGCCGAGAUCGUGUUCUACUUCUCCGCCCCCGGUCGGUUCAGGUACCUCGGCGUGUUAGGGAACUCGUUGACAUGGCUUGCUUCGGCGCUCACCGAGGUGGUGGUGACGGCGUACCUUGUCUGGAGGCUGCAGUGGUGGGAGAACGCGGAUGAGACCGCGGACGAGGAGACGUGGCCUGUUUUGGUGGCUGCCGUGAUCGGUCUGGUCGUCUUAGAGGUUGCGGCCCUGCUGGUCUUGUGGAUCGCUCGCGUGCUGAUCGCGAGAGCUACGUCGGCGCUAUUGACAGCCAAGGACCUGAGCUUAGGAGAGCCGUGCCGCGGAAUGGCCAACGGCGGUGGCGCUGCAAGCCACAAAGAAAUCUGAGGGACGCUCUAGCUUCCAAUAGGCCGGGCAGGAGAAUCAUUUCCGUUGCUUGUCUGCAGUGCCAUGGGAACCUAGUCAAAGUGCAAGGCGUGCACAGUGUUAAGCGCGUGUAACUGACUGUUGUAAGCGUGUGUGACUGACUGUUGUUGGAUAUGUUACACUUGUAGGGCGCCAUUUGUUCCGUCUGGGUGGUCAUUGUAGUGAAUGGUUUGGUAUGGCGCGGUUCUUUCGAUCUGGGGUGGGCAUUUGCACAUGUAAGUAGAAGUAGAGGGGAUGGAUGCAUACGCCUGUGGGAACAUAAAAGGCCUUGGAUCACGGGUGUGGCCUUCUUGCAAGGCCCGCCGGAUCUGCUGAUGUGAUGUGCACGUUCUUUCCCUACCUUGUGUCGCCAAUAACCGGUAUGUGUAGCGCAGUCCAGUGUUGUCGCCGUAGAUGCUGCUGGUGUGUUGAUUGCGUGUGUUUUUAUUAUUUGCGUUGACCGCGCGAACCGGCUUGUGUGUGUGUCAUUUUUAUUAACAUCGACCGUGAUAACCGGCUGACCAAUGAAAAUGCGUCAGUCUCAGUGCGGUGCAAAACACACAAUGCUUCUACAGGCCACGGUCUGGGACCCCGUGAGGGAGCGUCAUGGGGCUUCGGGUUGCAAGGCCGAUAACCGUUUAUGUCAGGCACGCUUAAGGGAUGGAUGCAGCGCGUUUGAAAUGUUUUCGCCGGAAAUGUGGUGCAAUUCUCGUCACACGGGAUGGUGGGGGCUGGGGGGGCUUGGGUGCGCACGUGCGCAAGAGACCACCAGUCUCAACCGCUCCACACGGAUGUUUCGGCAUCCCGAAGUAUUCAAGUCUCAAUAGCGUUCUGCCAGUCUGUGUUCUUGGUCACGCUCUGUUCAUGUUCAUGUAUUUUUGCUACGAAUGGGCACAGCGCCCGCCUACUCGGCAUCAUAGAAAAGGGGUGUUGGUUUUCAAUCCAGAAAACAAGAGAGCAGAGGAGGGUCUAGAAUGACUGGCGAGGGGGGCUCUGCAGGCGAGAAAGGGGUAUGUCGGGGCACGCCAACUCCCCAGACUCGCUAACAGAGUUACACCCUUUGGAUGAUUGCGUUACGUAGUGAUAGUGUGAAUAGUGACGGUACUAUUUUCGUAUUCGGGGUUUGGUUGAUCGUGUCUCUCAGAAACGAAUUGCGUGGCGCGUUCUGUUGUUUUCUCGUGGUGUUUCGUUAUGUCCCUGUGUCCGCCUUUAUUUGUCGCUACAGCAGUGGAGCGCGUGUUCGCUAGUAGACCUUGAGGGUAGGACGGCUGAAGCCUUCACAGGAAUGAAAUAGGUGGUGAACCGGGAACGCCCUGUAGAGAGGGUUUUUUUUUUUAGCGACCCCGAGACGGAGUUCUAUUCAGAGAAGAGGCCAAAGGAGUUCGUAGAAAGCGUCAGUGGCGGUUGAAAGGGGAUGACAAAAAUGAAGAAAAA